AUGGAUCACGAACUUGUAUGUCCCCUUUCCUUAGAACUAAAGGCGUUGUCUCUUUGGUGGUUGACUUGGGUGGAGGGCUUCUUGAGUUUGAAGAAGAUGCUGGAGAGGGUUAUGGAUGAAGUCUUCUUUAGGGCUAAUAAGAAUGUUGAUAGCCUUAUACCAGUAGGAUAUUUCCUUUUCUCUGGAGAGUUAAUUCUUCCAAGUACUCUGCAGAAGAACACUUCUGAUGGAUUUAAGGUUCUCAAGCAAAUGGAACUUGCGGGUGUACAACCAGAUUUCCUGACUUUCAGCUAUUUGAUCAGCAAUUCUGAAUGUGAGGAGGAUAUUGUCAAGUAUUAUGAAGAACUGAAGAGUUCUGGAGUUCAAGUGACGAAGCACAUUUUCAUGGCGCUUGUGAAUGCAUAUGCUGCUCAUGGACAAGUUGAGAAGGCAAAACAGGUUAUAUCGGAUGAAGGAAUACCAGUCAAGAACUUGAAUGAAAUUAGAAAUGUGCUAGUUUCUGCUCUUGCUUCACAUGGCCAAACGGCUGAUGCCCUGAAAAUUUAUGAUGAAAUGAAACAAGCUGGAUGUAAUUUGGAGACCAAAGCUGUUAUCAGUCUUAUUACGCACUAUCCAUUUGAUGGGUCGUUGAAUAGAUUGCUUCAGUUACUUGGUGAUUUGCAUCAUGAUUUUGAUGACUGGGUAAAUUGUUGCAGCAGAAUUAUCUUGUUUUCUGUAAAACACCACGAUCUGAGUUCAACUGUUGAUCUAUUGAAGCAGCUCAGUUACAGAUGCGGUAAUGAUGAAGGGAUUAUGGGAGUGGCUUUUGAUGAGGUUUUUUCCUUCAUUGCAGAGUCUGAGCCUACAUAUUUAGAAACAGGCCUUCAAUUGCUUCAAUUUAUAAAGAACGAUCUUGGUCUUUCUCCUCCACGGAGAUGCCUCGAUUUUCUGCUUGGCGUUUGUGCUAAUGACAGAGAUGCAGAAAGCUCUCGCCUUAUCUGGAAAGAAUAUAAACAUGCUGGCCUCCCUUACAAUGCCAUUACUUACUUGAGGAUGUAUCAAGCUCUUUUAGCAUCUGGGGCUGUAGAAUCUGCAAAAGUUUUGCUUGAUAAAAUUCCAAAAGAUGAUGCUCAUGUUUGCUGGAUAAUCAAGGAAUGUGAAUUGCUUUAUAUUGGUUCUCCUACAGAGAGGAAAGCAAAAAGAAAAAAGAAAAAGAAGAAGAAAAUGAGCAGAAAUAAGUGAGGAUUGGUAGGAUAGGUAAUUAAAUUAACUUCUAGAGUAGACAAGAGAAUGGGCAGAGAUGAAUGUCAAGCCGUUUUAUUUGCUGAAUCUAUAACCAUUUUAGACUGAAUGAUGGGAGAAAAGAUGUAUUUGUUCAAGUAAAUUGAUAUCAUUGAAAAGUUGUAAGAAAAUGAUUUGUUAUCAAUAAAAUGAUGAGAGAAAAAUCAGUUGACAAGC